UACAAUACAAAAUAGUUAUAUUUUAGCACGAACUAGUUAUCAGUUACUAUUUUAUUUCUGUGAAACAAUUUCCCCGUUAGGGAAUAGCGUACUUGCAAGGUUGGUAGCUGUACUCAAAUAAUAUUCGUUACGAUUUGCGCAACGCAAAUUGAAUGUUUCAAAAAUAAAAAUCUGUUGAAAGUGAUCUGCGAAAUGUUUACAAGAAAAUCUUUCAUAGUGUUGUUUUUAGUGUGUGUAGGUUUGGAUAUAGCAUUUUGUGUCCAAAUUAACUACGUUAAUGUACCUGUAGCUGUAAAAAAUGAUUCGAAUGUUUCUGUCAUCAUGGAUUGCAACUAUUCUCUAAGACCUGACGAUACAGAAUUAGUUGUCAAAUGGUACUUGAACGAUGAUCUGGUCUAUCAAUGGAUUCCCCCUCAACUACCACAAAGCUUCGGAAAAUUAAAAGAUAGAGUCGAUUUGGAGUAUGCGGCAACCGAUGAUCCUAAAAGUGUGUAUCGAGCGAUGAAAAUUUUUAAUCCAACAGACGAAAUUGCCGGAGAGUAUAAAUGUUUUGUUUCAACAUUCACUGAUGAAGAUUUCUUCAUCAAGACGAUGCGUGUCUUUGUUCCAGAGAAAUAUUUGGACGUUUUCAAAAGUGGAUGUGAUGAUGAUGUUGUAAACUUUACCUGCUUAGCAUCGGAAGUGUAUCCAAAACCGAGUCUACAAUUGUUUAAGAGUUUCAGCGAUAAAUAUACGAGAAAGAAUUUACCAGUUCUACACUGGGAUGUUGAUAGACACACCUCUGGUCGUUUCUCCACCUACAUAACAGCCACCGUUAAUAGGAAGUCCCUUAUUAUCGGAUCAUUAAUACACUGCGAACUUCGGAUUCCUGACACAGGUUACGUUAAGAUUGGAAGUCUACUUUAUUAUCCCGAGGAUUCGAAGGAUAUGGGUUUAAGACCUGACUUACCAACUUCUGCAGUUCAUGGACUUUGUCUAUUGUUGUGGAAAAUUUUAUAAAUUAAUCAAAAAGAAGAAAUUUUGUGUUUCCAUAAGUCUUUUUCCAUAAGAUUGAAUCCCAACGAUGGUCUUGUUAACUCGAUUCUUUCGACAGAAUAUAAAAUGAAAAAUAAUAUUUACUCACAUUACUUCAAUUCUAAAAUCAAAUUCGGUCCUUUUAUAUACAAAACUAGGUUUAUUUUAAGCUGAUAACCGAGUUUAUUUUUAUAAAUAUUUUAUUAUAUACAUUAUACAUUAUAUUAUAAAUGUUCAUGUUAUAUCAUUUCCUGAAUUUGUAUCUGCAUUCAAUGUAUCAGAACUGUAAGUAGAACCACCGUCCAAAGAUACGAUAAUUUUAAAUCAUUGUAUAAAAUUAGUAAUAAACGUUGGUGUAAAAAGUG